AUGUUCAGGCAGUAUGCCAGUCAAAGAGGGUUUGCCAUCGUUGACAUAGCCGAAUUGGACGUUGAUGCAAACCUUACGUUUACCAUAGAAGACGCAUUCACAAAGGCUCAUCAAAUUGUGGUGAGCUUUACACCGUCUCACAUCGAAGCGGUGAAGUCGCGAAGCAGUCAAUGCAGAGCUAUAGUUUACACACAUGAUCUUAUGAAUCAGGAAUUCUUCACACUUAACAGUAUCAACAAACGAUUUCGUGCAGUCAUCUUUGAUGACACCGAAUUGAGCGAUCUUCCAGUGGGCUGGCCACGCUCAACACUUGUCUAUCACUUUCCUGUCAAUAUGGCUGCUUUAUGCACCAAAAUCUUCAAGGAAAAUGAUUUCGAUAACACAAGCACGUUGUAG